CAUAAGGCGUUAUUUGCUGAAUAGGUUUCGUAUGAAACCGGUCACCGGUGUGAAUCUACGCUUUCUCUGUUUAGCGUUUGUCGAGUUACGUUCUCUCGUCCUUAGAAAUCAAGAAUUACAUCAGCCAUAAUGCCGGCUCUUCAGAAACCAGCACCUCAAUUUAGCACAACCGCCGUUGUGAAUGGCCAAUUCAAAAACGUCUCCCUUUCCGAUUAUAAGGGCCAAUACGUCGUACUGUUUUUCUAUCCGUUGGACUUUACUUUCGUAUGCCCAACCGAAAUCAUUGCAUUUUCGGAUCGUGCUGAGGAAUUUAAGGCCGUUAAUUGUCAAGUAAUAGGAGCAUCAACCGAUUCUCAUUAUACUCAUUUGGCAUGGAUCAACACCCCACGCAAAGAUGGUGGUAUCGGUGAAAUGAACAUUCCACUUCUUGCCGAUAAAAGUUGCAAGAUUGCACGCGAUUAUGGCGUACUCGACGAAGAAACCGGAAUACCCUUCCGUGGUCUUUUCAUUAUCGACGAUAAACAAAAUUUGCGUCAAAUCACCGUCAACGAUCUACCGGUUGGAAGAUCGGUUGAUGAAACCCUGCGUCUCGUACAAGCAUUCCAAUAUACGGAUAAAUAUGGAGAAGUAUGCCCAGCUGGUUGGAAACCAGGCAAGAAGACCAUGAAACCCGACGUAGUCGCUUCUAAAGAAUAUUUUAAGGACUCGUAGAUGGCAUUUUUCUUUUUAAACGUACAAACGAAUCUUCUAUAUGGAUCCUAUAUUUUCAGUAGAUAUUUUCAGUAGAUAUUUUCAGUUCCAUACGCGAUGUAUAAUAAGAUAUUGUACAAAACAAUUGUCACAAAUAUUAUUUUCUCCUGAUAUGUCGUUUCAUUUUGAUUUUUACGAAUAAAUCAAUUACGCAAAGGAAUAUCAGCGGUAUUUAUAUAGAAAAUAACAAAAUAAUAAAACA